AUGGGGAAUAUGUCGGUCGCGGAAUACUACACCAAGUUUAUUGAGCUGUCACAAUUUGAUAAAGAGUCUGUUUCUACGGAAAAGUCUAAGGCUAGGAACUUUGAGAGUGGACUGACUACCGAUUUGCAGUUAAAGCUGUGUGGGCAAGUAUUUGAAACUUUGGAUGAAGUGUAUGAGAGAGCUGCAUACCUAUAUGCCUUAGAAUUAAAGAAGAGGAAAGAGAUAGCCGAAGUGGAAGGAAAGGAAAAGAAAAAAAAGUGGGACAGAACUCUGAAAACCCGCAAGGGAAAUAACAGAGGAGCAAGGCAUUUCUACUGCAAGAGGUGUAAGAACGAUCACCUUGGUAAAGAUUGUGAUGGAAAUUUGAUUACUUGUCGUGCUUGCAACAAGUUAGGACACAGGGAGUAUGAAUGUUUCUCCAAGGAUCCCAAUAGAAACAAACAGAGUAAUAAUCAAGGAGGGGCUCAGAGAAACUUUCAGGGAAGCAACAACUAUUCUGGAAACAAGGGGGCACAACAGAAUGGAGCAAAGGGCAAUAACAAUAAUAAUGGAGGAAAUCAGGUGAAGAGUGGAGCUCCAAGGAAAUUGAAUGGGAUGAGUAGGCGUGAGGCUGAUUCCACGAAAGAUGUCAUCACUGGUACCUUUUCUAUUAACUCUAUUCCUGUUAAAGUCUUGUUUGAUUCUGGUGCAACUUUUUCUUUCAUUUCAAAGGCCAUUGUUUCAAAACUAUCAAACUGUUUGAAAACUGUAGAUGAGGUAGAUUUGCCUAUAGUUAUUCCUACAGGUGGGGUAGUAAAGUGUAACAAGACCUUUAAAUAUGUACCUUUAGAAAUCGAAGGAAAAGUGUUUCUAUCAGAUCUUAUCGAGUUUGGGUUAAGUGACUUUGAUGUCAUUUUGGGAAUGGAUUGGUUGAGCAAGUUCAGCGCAAAGAUUAGUUGUCGAUCACAGAAAGUAAAAAUGAGUAUAGCUGAAAAUGAGUUGGUGACAUAUUGGAUGCAUGGUGAAACCAAGUGCCCAAGAAUCAUAUAUGUGUUAAAAUUGGCAAAGUAUAUUAAGAAGGGGCAUCCAGUGUAUUUUUGUAGUGUGAGGAGUAUGGAACAUGAAGAGUCGACUAAACCUGAGGAUAUAGAAGUAGUGAAUGAAUUUCUGGAUGUGUUUCCAGAAGAGAUUCAUAAAAAGCCACCCAAAAAGGCAAUUGAUUUCACAAUAGAGCUAGUUUCAGGAACAACACCAAUUUCCAAGGCACCAUAUCGAAUGACACCUGCAGAGAUGAGUGAGUUAAAGGAGAAAUUGUAG